AUGUUGUGUCGAUUAGUGGGCCCACCGGCGAGCCAUCCACUGCUGCGGUCGGGCGCUGUGUCUGUAGAGCACCGGUACGUGAGGGCAGUGCACACGACAUGUGUGUUGUCCGGGAAGCGUAACUUCCGGAAGUUCCCGGUGCCCAAUGAGCGAGGUCAGUUUGAACACCACAAACUGCCCACACCACUGCUCGAGAAGGAGUUCGAUUACCCCGUCUUCAGGGACACGCUGUUGAUCCGAUGGCCCGGCUAUUGGUUCCGCAAGAAGUUCGUGUACGUCAAGGAAAUGGAGCCACAAUUGGUUGUUCCCGACCUCAAGGGCUUCCCACUCAAGCCCUACGUGUCGUACAGGUGUCCCGAGAUAACGCAGACUGAGUUCACCGCCAGAGAUCUCUUCAACGCCACUCUCGCCGACGAUAUCAUCGAUAAGUUCAAAAGUGGUCAACAAAUGGAGGCGGAGGUCAGUGAGGAAGACGUCCAAAAGGCCCGCAUUCGGGCCAAACAGACCGGCGCUGAUCUCUUCAUUGAUGGCAACUUCUUCGGCAUUCAGCCAUAA